AUGAACACCCCCGCCGCCCCCGCCAGUGCCCCCGCAAGCCCAAUCUUCCGAUACCCCGUCGGCACCGCCUCGCCCAUGUAUACAACCGCCGUAUUCGACCCCGUCGCGCUGAACCUCUCCCCCGACGUCGUCCGCGCUGUCUCCACUCCCGUCCCUGCUAUCGUGGUCCCAUUGCCUGUUGGCCGCUCCAGCGAUACUGUGAAGGCGAAGUCGCUGGUUGGUAGUGUUGGCGCGGCUGCAGGCGCGGUUUCUGACGCUGUGGAGUUGGGGACGAGGGUCUCAGUGGAGGGGGAGAAGGAAGUGAGGUUGGUGAGAGAGGCAGAAGAAGUCGUGGAUUGUGCUGAUGCGGUGGUGCUGGAGGAUUUUGUGGUGAGGCCGAGGAGGGAGAAUAGGGUUGUUUUGCGGAGAGAGGGGCGCCGCAUUGUGGUGGAAACCAAGCCUGAGCUGUGGUUCAAGGACGACUAG